CGCCAAAAAUAAUUAGUGGAUAACAAAUCGCUUCCCCACCUAAUAAUACCCCUCAAAAAACACCCGCCCUUCUUUCUCCCAUCUACUUCGGCACCACCACCACCAAGUACUCCACCGUCUCCGCCAUGGUUAAUCAGUGCCACUGUCGCCGCCUUGGUUAAUCAGCGCCUCCACCACCGUGUAUCAUCAUCUCCCGAAGUUAAUCAGUGUCACUCUCCGCCGCUUUCCAUCGAUUCUGUGUGAUUCCGAUUAUCUUCUGUUAUGGAACAGAACAAGGGAAGACAUAACAUCUUGAUGGUAUCCGACUUUUUCUACCCUAACUUUGGAGGCGUGGAGAAUCACAUAUAUCUCUUAUCGCUAUGCUUACUGAAGCUUGGCCAUAAGGUGGUCGUUAUGACUCAUGCUUAUGGAAACCGUUCGGGGGUUAGGUAUAUGACGAACGGCUUGAAAGUUUAUUAUGUACCUUGGAAGCCAUUUCUUAUGCAAAAUACAUUACCAACUUUCUAUGGAACGCUUCCAAUUGUGAGAACGAUUCUUAUUCGUGAAAAGAUCUCACUAGUUCAUGGACAUCAAGCCUUUUCAACUCUUUGUCAUGAAGCUUUAAUGCAUGCACGUACAAUGGGUUACAAAGUUAUAUUCACUGAUCAUUCAUUGUACGGUUUUGCUGAUAUUGGAAGCAUCCAUAUGAAUAAAGUACUACAGUUCACUUUAGCUGAUGUGAGUGAAGCCAUUUGUGUCUCGCAUACAAGUAAAGAAAACACAGUUUUGAGAUCAGGGUUGCCCCCAGAAAAGGUUUUUGUUAUACCGAAUGCUGUGGAUACAACUAUGUUCAAGCCUGCCCCAGAGAGACUUAGUAUGGACCCAAUUGUUAUUGUUGUCAUAAGUAGAUUGGUUUAUCGAAAGGGUGCUGAUCUGCUGGUUGAAGUUAUCCCAGAAGUAUGCCAUUUGUACCCCAAUGUGCGGUUCAUCAUUGGAGGAGAUGGACCCAAGAGAGUAAGACUGGAAGAGAUGAGGGAAAAACAUUCUCUUCAAGAUCGAGUUGAUAUGUUAGGUGCAGUCCCACAUGCUAAAGUGAGAUCUGUUUUGAACUCCGGCCAUAUAUUCUUGAACAGUUCUUUGACAGAGGCAUUCUGCAUAGCAAUACUAGAGGCUGCUAGUUGUGGAUUAUUGACAGUGAGUACGCGCGUUGGUGGUGUUCCAGAGGUUUUACCAGAUGAUAUGAUUGUUCUUGCUAAGCCAGAUCCAAGUGAUAUGGUACAUGCAAUUAAGAAGGCAAUCCGGAUACUUCCUCAGAUUGAUCCUCAAGAGAUGCACCUUCGUAUAAAAGGCAUGUAUAGUUGGCAAGACGUUGCCAAAAGAACAGAGAUUGUGUAUGAUCGUGCCAUGAGAUGUUCAAAUCAAACCCUCUUGGAAAGACUCCCAAGGUACCUCACAUGUGGUGCUUGGGCAGGCAAGCUCUUCUGUUUAGUUAUGAUCAUUAAUUUCAUAUUAUGGAGGCUAUUACAAUUAUGGCAGCCUGAUUCUGAAAUUGAGCUGGUACCUGAUAUUAAAUACAUGGAUCUAAAAAGGGAUGAGAAUGUGACCAACUGACCAUAAAUCCUGUUUAGAAGAUGUAUGAUCAUAUGCAGAUCUAAUUGCAUUACCAAAGUCCACUGAUAUUACUAAUCAUUACAGCAUCACUAACAUCUUGCAAGUAAAUAGGUAUACUUAGAUUUGAAUUUUCAAAAGCAAACCUACUUUUGAGAUAAUUCAGGCUAUAUGGCAAACUAAUUGACGUUCAUGAGUGAGGAGGAGUCUGUAUAAGUAUCAUCUCGUUUAUCUUCUU